CAAGAUGGUUUAUUUAGCAUCGUUAGCAUUGCGUUCUUAUGUCCAUAAGCGGUGUUCUGUAUACGCUGUACGUGCACGUAUUUAAUUCAUAGACAAAAAAAAAUACAAAAAAUAAUACACGCACUUUUUUCCAUUCAAUUGACGUCAAUCGGUCUAUAGGCAAAUGGCUACAAAAUGCCAUAUUGACUCUUAUAAACAUCACAGUAUAUAAAUACUAGUAACACACUCCCAUUAGCAAACACCUGUUAUUAAAAGAUACGGUUUCAAUAGUCUUUUGCUUAUUCGCGUCAACUCCGUCCAUUCUCUAUUCUGUCACAAUACAUUCUACGUCUUUGUUUUGUUACUUUUCUAGUCGUCAAGAAUGCGUCCAUCUGAUGCCUUUAGAUGCGCGAAACCGCUCACAGUCACCAAUUACAGUGCUGCAUUUACUUCACAUUGAUCUUACGGCAGCAACGGCAGGAGCGCGUAAGCGUCAUCCAUUCAUCUGCUGCUGCGCUUGUUGCCGCUGCGGUGGCGCGACAAUACAAACUCACGGUCGGCGACGAAUUGCUGAAAUUUCAUCUCGCCAUAAACGUCAAAGCCGAUUUCGUACAGGGCCCUCUUCUAGCCACAGCCGAUGUUCUGACCCAAGCAAAGCCACCAAACCGGCCGCUUGCAGACUGUACGGUAUGUUUUGCAUCCUGUCUUUCUUGUUGAGAUUCUCGUCACUGAUUUACAAUCGCCCGCCAGCUGCGGCGCAUCGUGGUGCGAACUGAUUCACUGCGUGAGCGAGGGAGUGGUGAUUACGGUAGUGGUGUUGACGUUGAUGUGUUUUAGUUGAACUGUGUUGACUUUGGGUGAGUACUGGCCAACAGCGAGAUAGAACACCUGCGGAACACUAUCUUAGCACACACGGGCACGGAUGACCCUCUGAUUCUAUAACUGAAUAGAACUCGGUUUUUUCCUCGUUCAACAUCAAGUCAAUGGACGACGCGCCUGCUCCGCGGAUAGUUUUCCUUACCGAUGCCAGGACCGAUUACCCAGUUUUUUUUUUUCUCUUUUUUUCCGAACUCAAGUCGCCAGUUUAACGAUCAGAUGACUCCUCAUCUUGACAGUGAACAGCAGGCAGACAGGUACUGACUAGAUUAGAGUCCAAGUGAAUUUAGUGAAAUCAAAAAGACAAAUUUCGGAGCCCAGUCAGAUUGCUGUCCCCCUCGUUCUUUUGCAGGAACCACCAGCCACCAAUCAAUAGUCGAUGUAGCGCCUAAAGGGGAAACAUUCACCGGAGACUACUUCAGCAACUGACGACUGUUGCCUUUGGCUGUGUCGGUGUCGUGUGAGGUUUAUGAUACGCCGGUAGAAAGAGGUUGUCUCAUUUUCACCUUCUCACUUGUCUCCCUGCAGCUAAAAUUAUCUCUUCUUACUCCCACUUCAGGGAUCAGGAAUAGAAUAGUGACAAACAAUGACGACAACGACAACGAAGAACCUCAGGAGUCUGCAGUACGCCUGCGGUCUACAAUAUUCGGUUGUCACUCUCUGUUUGCUCCCAGGUAGAAAUCUCGGGAAUGGACAUUGCCUCAGCAGAAAACUGCUGAAGAUCACAGCAGCCGAAGUACCGAUUGCUAUGACGGAGACCAUCAUAGUGUUGUUAAGAGCCAGCGCUGUUGCCAUCUAUGAAAUCGCCUGCUGUUUCGGGAUAACCGCUGUUGCGGUGGUAACAGCAUAGCAUUUUGUAGUUAAGAAGUGCAACGAGGCGUAGAAAAAUUAUAUUGUGCUAACUGGUGAGGUAACUUGGUGGUAACGAGAUUGUCGUUAGUGUUCGUGACUUCUACUGUCUUCGUGGCAAUCAUCAUAGAAGCAAGACUAGUCACAAGGGCAGCGUUACAAUAUCAUAACAAGCAGCAACGAAAUCCCCUGUCGCUACAUCGGUCUUCUGCACUUUGCUGUAUGUUUUCUCCUGUCUACCUAGCUUGCUCGUUCUGUGCUCAUUACCUCGUUACAACUCGUUCGAAUGGUGUUCGCCUUCUUUGAUCGAUCAACGGUGGCCGCUGCAGGCGUUUUCAUCCGUCGUCGUGUACUCCGCCCUGCUUCCGCCCCUCAAUGCGCAUUUCCGGACUCCUCCAGCAGUAACAACGGGAGUGACUUUCUUUCCAACUAUUCACAACAGCUAUCAACAGCGGUAGUUCUGUUAGCGGUAGCAGUAUUACGACGAUCUCUGUCACAGCAAUCAUUACUUCGUCUGCUGCACGUACCGUGUGGUCUUCAGCAGUUUUCUGCUGAGGCAAUGUCCAUUUCCGACUUCUACCUGGGAACAAACAGUUGAGAGUGGAAGUCGAAUACUGUAGACAGCAGGCGUACUAUAGGUUCUUCGUCGUCGUUGUCGUCAUUGCUUGUCGCUGGUCUAUCCUUGAUCCGCAGUUCUCUGUUGUUAUGCUGUAAGUGGGAGUAACAAGGGAUGAUUUUAACUGCAGGGAGGCAAGUGAGAAGGUAAAAAGGAGACAACCUCUUGCUAUCGGUACAUUGUAAAUUUCACACGACACCGACACAGUUGAAAGCGACAAUCGUCAGUUGUUGAGGUAGUCUCCGGUGAAUGUUUUCCCUUUAGGCGCUACAUCGGCUAUUGAUUGGUGGUUGGUGGUUCUCGCAAAAGAACGAGGGGGACAGCAAGCUGACUGGGCCCCAAAAUUAAACUUUUUAUUCCACUAAAUUCAGUUUGUCUCUAAGCUAGCCAGUACCUGUCUGCCUGCUGUUCACUGUCGAAAUGAGAAGCCAUCUGAUUGUUAAACUGACGACUUGAGUUUGGGAAAAAAAAAGCGAAAAAAAAUGGCUAAUCGGUCCUGGCAUCGCUAAGGAAAGUUAUCCACGGAGCAGGAUGUUAUUAAUACAGGCGGUGACAAGUGUAUAGGAACACCGUACUAGAAAUAAACACAUACCAAACGACAACAAAGAAGGGAUUUUAACCAGAGCUGUAGCAGCGAAAACAACGCCAUAAUCUGUAAAGAUGAUGCGAACGGCGACUCUGAGACUGAAACAGGACUACCUUCGAUUGGCUAAAGAGCCAAUUCCGUACGUGUGCACAAUACCCGUACCGGAUAACAUUCUCGAGUGGCAUUAUGUGGUUAUUGGUACUCCUGAUACGCCGUACCAAGGUGGUUUUUAUCAUGGGAAGUUGGUCUUUCCUCAGGAGUUUCCGUUUAAACCGCCUUCCAUCUACAUGAGCACACCAAAUGGACGAUUCAAGACGAACACCCGACUGUGCCUUUCAAUUAGUGACUUUCAUCCAGAAACGUGGAACCCCACGUGGAGCGCCGGUCCCAUCCUUCUGGGUCUUCAAAGCUUCAUGUGCGAAAAUACCCCAACUCUUGGCUCGGUUGAAUCCAGCGAUCAUGAGAAACGAUUGUUAGCGGAACAGAGUAUCGAGUUCAAUCUUAGGGACAGACAAUUUUGUGAACUCUUCCCGAAACUUGCCGAGGAGUGCCGCGAUAUUCUAAAAAAUCGUGAAACAGAACGGAGACAAUUAGAGGCACUCGUUCCACCAGCUAUUGCGUCCGGCGUUAAUCAGAUGCAGUCUUCGUUAGCCGCCGCUCUGACGAAUCUGUGCGUUGUCGUUGGCUUCGCGGCUUUCGCGUUUGUUGUUAAAUACGUGAUUACGCUGAGCGGAAGCGACCAAGAGCAUCCGUGAUGACUGGCAACGGAUGGAACCUAGCGCCACUUCUACGUUACCUUUUAUUCAUGUCAACAACAACAACGACAAUACAUGACCAACAAAACGACAAACAGCGAGACCAAUAAAGAUAUUUAUGUUGAAGAGAACAACAACAAUGACAACAGAUUCAAGAAAUAAAAAGCCAGGUCGUCGAAGGAUUAAAGAUGGAAAAAUACACUGACUGAAGACAGCAACUACCUUAUAACCCAUAAUUCAAGAUAGAACUGAUCAGGUAUGCAGGCGCCAAUGGUCAUGUUUUCGUUUAAACGAGUCAAUUUUUGAGUGAAACGGAAACAAAGUUUGCACCUAUGAUUGUCCAGUGCACGGUGUUGAAAGCAUGAUAGCCUUGCAAGGGGCUGUCGAAGGUAACUUUGCCAAUGCGCACUGAUGCACGAAAUACGCGAGCCUGCUCUCAAGAAGAGUGAAUAGGUGGCCAAUGCAGGUUCACAUAUAAAUGUUGAUAUUGGUAUGGUGAUUUAUCAACGUGAAGAACCAAUGGAAAAAGCAGUCAACAGUAGUCAACUAAGGCACCAGUGUGAUUGGUUCGUUUUCUGGUGUAAACUUUGAUAUAUUGUUUUGUAAAAACAUUCAGGAAUGCCGCCACUGUUGCAUGAAGGAUACUCUGCCUUAACGAGGAGCGAUUAGGCAGAUUAUUAUUUUUAUGGGCUAAACGGUAUUUAAUGAUGCUGAAUACGAUCAUGAUGGUGAUUGAUGUCAGUGCUCUUGAGGUAAACUACGCGUAGCUCUGAAUAUGCGAGCGAGUAAAUACCUCUUUGUCGCGGGUAAAGUGAUUUCUGGGCAUAAUGUAGCGAUUCUACUAUCUUCUCAUGAUAUGAUGUAAAACUAAGUGCAGGAAAAUGCUGGCUGUGUCUACCUCAGAAGAAAUGAAGAGGCGAGCCGAUGAUAUCAGCAUGUGUGUAAAAAUUCCAGGGUACAUGUAAAAAGCUAAGAAUGAAUAAACUGAAAUAAGGAAACAAUAAGAAAAAUAGUAAAAGAUUGAUAGUGAAAAUUAGCACAGGACAGUGUGACAGCAUAAAUGUGGUAGAAUGGGCCUAUAGAUGGCGUGCCAAAACAUGUGUUCGAGCAGCAUAAGCGGUGUAAAAUUUCGGAUAGGGAAUUUGUAAACGCAACCUGAAGUUGUUUUAUCCCUUAGCAAGUGAUCCUUAUUGAAAAGAAUAGGCAUGAAGGACAUCAAUUGAAGGUAACUAUUGUUGACAUUAGAAGAAAAUUCGCGUUAUCUAACAAAAUCGCACUGUACGCCGACAUGAACGGAAAGAGGUAUCUAUUGUUAUAGCUUCUAUUGAUCUAAAGAAAGUCGAUGAGUUCAUCGUCGCCUGCCAAUUUGCAGACGGCCUUCCAUCAAGUAUAAUCUAAUGUGAUUACAAUUCUACACCGAAUGCGCUGAGAUCAGUUGCGCUUUGUAGCUUCCAGCUUAUUUGGUAGAACUGGACCGUCGAUAUAGAAUUUAAACAGAAGCAAUCACAACAAAACACAUGCA